CCCUGAUGUCUUCCGGGAUGGCAACGAGGUGACGGCAGUUGAGGAUGACCCUGACUGAAAAACUGCGCGAGAGGAUAUCGCGGGCGUUCUACAACCACGGGCUGCUGUGUGCUUCCUACCCCAUCCCCAUCAUCCUCUUUACUGGCCUCUGCAUCCUGGCCUGCUGUUACCCACUGCUGAAGCUGCCGCUGCCGGGAACGGGACCUGUGGAGUUCAGCACCCCGGUGAAGGAUUACUCUCCGCCCUCUCCAGACGCGUCUCCGCAGCACGGGGAUCUCGGCGAGCGUCCCGACUGGUACGUCGGUGCUCCCGUGGCCUACAUCCAGCAGAUCUUUGUGAAAGCUACCGUCUCCCCAUGGCAGAAGAACUUCCUCGCUGUCGAUGUGUUUCGCUCGCCCCUCUCCCGCGUCUUCCAGCUAGUGGAGGAGAUUAGAAACCAUGCCCUGAGAGACAGCUCUGGUGUCAAAAGCUUGGAGGAAGUUUGCCUUCAGGUAACAGAUCUUCUGCCGGGCCUCAAGAAGCUGCGGAAUCUGCUCCCCGAGCACGGCUGCCUCUUACUGUCUCCGGGGAACUUCUGGCAGAAUGACCGAGAGCGGUUUAACGCCGACCCAGAUAUCAUCAAAACCGUCCACCAGCAUGAACCAAAGACGUUACAAACAUCAGCUACUCUUAAAGAUCUGUUGUUUGGCCUCCCUGGGAAGUACAGCGGGGUGAACCUCUAUAACAGGAAGCGGGUGGUGUCGUACACUGUCACACUGGGUCUCCAGCGAUAUGAUGCCAGGUUCCUCAGCAGCCUCCGCGCUCGCCUCAAGCUGCUGCAUCCCAGCCCGAACUGCACUCUGCGAGAGGAGAACGUCGUUCACGUCCACUUCAAGGAGGAGAUCGGCAUUGCGGAGCUCAUACCCCUCGUCACCACCUACAUUAUACUCUUCGCUUACAUCUACUUCUCCACACGGAAGAUCGACAUGGUGAAAUCGAAGUGGGGCCUGGCGCUGGCAGCGGUCGUGACAGUGCUCAGCUCUCUGCUCAUGUCUGUUGGGCUGUGCACGCUCUUCGGCUUGACACCUACUCUUAACGGAGGGGAGAUAUUUCCCUACUUGGUUGUAGUCAUCGGCCUAGAGAACGUGUUGGUUCUCACCAAGUCAGUCGUCUCUACGCCUGUUGACCUGGAAGUGAAGCUACGCAUCGCCCAAGGACUGAGCAACGAGAGCUGGUCGAUUAUGAAGAACAUGGCUACAGAGCUUGGGAUCAUCUUGAUUGGGUAUUUCACCCUUGUCCCGGCCAUCCAGGAGUUCUGCCUCUUCGCCGUGGUCGGCCUGGUGUCUGACUUCUUUCUGCAGAUGUUCUUCUUCACUACCGUGCUGUCCAUCGACAUUCGCCGCAUGGAGCUCGCCGAUCUGAACAAACGCUUGCCCGCGGAAGCCUGCAUGCCCCCCGCGAAGCCCGUCCGCCGCUCGCCGGGCUACGCGCGCCCGCCGGCCGCCACCCCCCACACCAUCACCCUCCAGCCGUCGUCCUUCAGGAACCUGCGCCUGCCAAAAAGGCUGCGGGUCAUUUAUUUCUUUGCCAGGACCCGGCUGGCCCAGAGACUCAUCAUGGCUGGGACGGUGAUCUGGAUUGGAAUCCUGGUUUACACGGAUCCUGCUGGUCUCCGCACCUACCUCACGUCCCAGGUCACUGAACAGAGUCCUCUGGGGGAAGCGGGGCUGCCUCCUAUGCCUGUUCCCGGGGGCGUCCUGCCCGCUGGCGACCCCAAGAUCGAUCUCUCGGUCUUCCCGUCGGACCCGAUCCAGCUCUCAGAAAACCAGACGCAGCAGCGUGAGCAGAAGUCGGGGCUGGAGGCCCUGGGUGGGCUGGAGACAAACGAGCACACUUGGGCCCAAGGACCCGAGGGCAAAGGGAAUGGGCAGCCGGAGCUCGGAACUGAAGCGGAGGUUACCUGGGGAGCGGAGGAUGAGGAGAUCUGGAGGAAGCUUUCCUUCAGGCACUGGCCGUCCCUCUUCAGCUACUACAAUAUCACUCUGGCCAAAAGAUACAUCAGCAUCCUUCCGGCCAUCCCUGUCACGCUGUACCUGAACCCCCAGGAGGCCUUAGAGGUGCGGCACCCCCAGGAGGCAAACCGCUACCACCCCUUCUUGGCGUCGAGCGGCGGGAAGCUGGAUGCUGAUGCUCAGCCUGACCGAGCCUCGUCCAAGCUUCACGGGCACCAGGAUGUCACUCUUUACAAGUAA